GCAACAGCAGAUGGCUAUGCAGCAGCAGCAGCAGCAGCAGCAGGCAGCAGCAGCAGCAGCAGCAGGCGCAGCUUCGUUCUUCGCAGGCCGUCUGGCACUCGCAGUCUCAGCAGCAGCAAGCCUCGGCGCAGCAGCAGCACCCCAACGCAAGCGCCGCCGCCAGCUUUGCGCUGCCGCCGCACGAGUGGGCCGCUCGGCAAGCACACCGGCCCUUCAUUGCCGACACGCAUGCAUGGCCCAUCGGCCGCGCACCGGACGUGCUGUUCCCGCAGCAGCGCCGCUUUGCCUGAGCGGCGUGCCUCGGGCAUGGCAGCGCAUCGUCACCAUCCUCUGCCUCGCUUCGUCACGCGCCCCGGUCUUGCGCUCUCGCCCCAUCUCUCUCUCUCUACCUCAUCUCGCAUCUUCCGUCUCGUUUUCUCGUUCCCAGGGUCACUUCGCGCGCUCCACAUCGACAUCACAUCAGUCUCGUCUUCAUCCAGCACACCACACACACACACACACACACACACACACACACACACACACUCGCCUCAAACACAUAGCCAGCUCUGGUAAUCGACAUCCAGCCAUUCGAACAGCGCAC